UUUAGUUUGGUUGACUGCACCCCGGUCCCUCUUACUUAUUAGCCAAUCACUGCACUUACCGAGGGGAGAAAAGUAGGCUGUGUCCCUCCUCCUGAUCUCUCGCUUCCGGGUUGUUGUAUGUGCCGCUAGCAUCCGAGCACAGAUCCGGCGUCUUCCCCGCGGUCGAGCCGAUCAGUCGGGGCGGUGUUUAUUGCCGCAACCAGAGCAUUGUGCUGAAGGCCGACGGUGGUGGUGGUGGUUCUCCUGGGUGGUGGUGGUCCUGUGUGCUGUGUGAUCCCUUUUUAAGAUUUUCUUUGUUUACACGUCACCUUUUGCUGUGUGUGUGGGGUGUCCUCCUUUUCCUUUUGGAUGUCACUUCCCCUACCAAACCCCUCCUCCAGCCGAUUGCCGUGUGUGUAUGAAUGGCAGCUUGACGAACCAGCGGUGAGCCUAUCGUUUUUUCUCUUUGAAGUUGUGGCUCUAGCAUCCAGUUUAACUGUAACUGUAUCAAAAUGGAAGGAGAGCUACAAGAGUUGAGGGAUUUGGUGGCACAGUUGAGGGCAGAGAAUGACAGAUUGCAGCAGGAGCAGGCUGCUCCCGUGCCUGGUCCUAGUGCUGCACCUGCUAUUCCUGCUGAACCUCUCCUCAGAUCGUCCACUUCCACCGCUCCUGUAACCGAGCGACUGGUCCUUGUACCCAGAGAUAGAAAGUGCCCAGCGUUUAGGGGUAGAUCAGGUAUAGGGCUAGAUGAGUGGAUUGAGGAAGCUCAGGCUUGUAUGAGGGCUCGCCACCUGUCCACACUUGAUCAGGCGUUCUUUCUUUUUGACCAUUUAGAGGGAGAGACGCGUGAAGAAAUAAAAUAUCGCUCGACUGCUGAUAGAAGUGACCCAGCCAAAAUUAUUGUGGUAUUGCAAGAGCUGUAUGGUUGUACUGAUUCGUACGUUGCCUUACAGGAGGCAUUUUUCUCGAGGCGACAACAAGAUGGGGAGACUCUGCAAGAGUUCUCCCUCGCGUUAAUGAGUUUGAUGUCUGUGGUGAAGCAAAGUGCUCCAAGCGAGAUGUUAAAUGCAGAUGUUCUGCUGCGCGAUCAGUUUAUUGAAAACAUCAUUGAUGGUUCCCUUCGUCGAGAAUUAAAACAAUUAGUACGCAGGCAGCCUUCUGUCUCUCUGCUGGAUGCUAGGGCAGAGGCAAUUAGGUGGGAGCGAGAGGGAGUGCCAGGGGGUGUGCGCGGCCGGAGUCACUCAGUUCCUUUGUUGAUGGGCUUGCAGUGUGGUGUCCAGACUGCUCCUUUAGUGGCUAGUUCACCCCAGGCUUCAGAGCUGCAGGAGGUGAAACAAAUGUUGAAGCUCCAACAGGAACAGCUUAAACAUCUUACAGAAACUCUUGCUCAGCUGCAGAUCAGUCAGCAGCGUAACUAUUCUUAUCGUGAUCCGGUCAUCUGCCGGCGAUGUCAACGGCCUGGCCAUUUUGCAAGGGAGUGCAGAGGAGAGCGUGUCCCUCCUCAACCUUCAGUGUCUGCUUCCAGCCGACCAGGCUCUCGGCGGGAUCCAGCUCAGCAUUCGGGAAACUAGCGCCCGUCGAACUGCGGAGUCAAAGUUCGAGGGGAGUUGCCACUGGCUCACCUGUCUUGUGGGGGGAUCAGAGAGAAGCUAAGCUAAUCAGCACUUGUCCACACUUGGAUGUGGUUAUGGGGGGAGUAAC